AUGGCCACUACUAAAGAUGGACUUCUUUACUAUGGCUCCUUGCUCUUAGUUUCGUUCAUUUGCACCUAUCUCCUUCAGUUCCUUUCAAAGAAGUUGUCCAGUUAUGGACGCGCCCGGGCUCGACACCUUCCGAGCCCACCAGGUCUACCCAUCAUUGGCCACCUCCAUCACCUGCUGCUAAGCUCCAGUAGUUUUCCAAAGAAACUGCAUAGCCUAGCCACUCGUUAUGGCCCACUCUUGCAGCUUCAAAUGGGAGCAGCAACAUGUGUCCUGGUCUCCAACGCCAAUUUUGCCAAAGAAAUCUUGAAAACCCAGGAGCUUAAUUUCGUCUACCGUCCAGAAUUCGGUUCCCCUGAAUACAAUAUAUAUCAUGGAUCUGAUUUUAUCCUUGCACCAUAUGGCACGUAUUGGCAGUUUUUGAAGAAGCUGUGCAUGACCAGACUUCUCUCUAACUCGACGCUUAAUCAAUUUGUCCAUAUUCGGGAGCAAGAGAUGGCGAAACUCUUGGAAUAUCUUAUCAAGGUAUCUGAAGGAAGAGAGUUUUGCGAUCUGGGCGUGCCACUAAUGUCCAUGAUGAACAAUGUAAUUUGUAGAAUGGCGAUGAGCACAAGACCCUGGGAGAAUGCUGACGAAGCAGAGAAGAUUAAGAAGUUGAUUGAAGAGUUAGCUGUGGUUGGAGGAAAAUUAAGUGCAGGGGACAUAUUAGGCCCCCUGGGAAAAUUUGACCUGCUUGGCUAUGGAAAAAAGCUCAAAAAGGCACUUGAGAAGUUUGAUAGAUUGGUUGAGGACAUCAUGAAGAAACAUGAAGAGAAUACUACUGGUAGAAAAGGGAAGGAUUUAAUGGAUAUCCUUAUGGAGACUUGCAACGACCCAAGUGCUGAAGUCAAGUUGACCCGAAAGGACAUCAAGGCCUUCUUCCUGGACAUGUUUAUGGCCGGAACUGAAACAUCAUCAAUAGCAGUGAAAUGGGCCAUGGGAGAGCUCAUCAACCAUCCACAAGUUUUCAAGAAACUGAGACAGGAAAUAUCUUCAGUGGUGGGGCCUGACAGAUUGAUCAAAGAAUCAGACGUGCAAAAUCUCCCUUACUUACAAGCUGUUGUGAAAGAAACCCUAAGGCUACAUCCUCCGUCAGUUACUCUCCUCAGACAAAGCAACGAAGACUGCAAGAUCGACGGCUUUUAUUUGAAGUCUAAGAGUCGGAUCAUUGUCAACCUUUACUCCAUCAUGCGGGACCCAAAUUCAUGGAAUAGUCCAGAUGAAUUCAUUCCAGACAGGUUUAUGGGCAACACCAAUCUAAACUCAAACAAGGAGCUAAUGGAAAUGAAAGGACAGAACUUCGAUUACCUCCCAUUUGGGAGUGGGCGGCGUGUAUGUCCUGGAGCAUCGCUUGCCUUGGCAACCAUACAUGCAACGGUUGGAGCCUUGGUUCAGUGUUUUGAUUGGAAAGUCACAGGUGGAGAAAUGGUUGAUAUGAGAGAGGCAUCGGGGUUUGCCGCUACUUUGGCAAUGGCAAGCCCCUUGGUGUGUUAUCCUGUCACACAAUUUAAUCCAAUUGAAGAAGGCUAGAUUCAUUUGGGUUUGAGCAUGCGACCAGUAAUCUAGCUACAGUCCAUAAGGGUUUAGAUUAAUCAUGUUAUGUAUGCUUACUACUUUUUGAAUAAAUAAGUCUUCUGUAGACAAUAAUCGAUAAUAAUCCAAUACAUGUUCGUCACAUGUGC